GAAGUAAGCUUCCUUUGUUUCAUAGUCCUUCAAGCUAAGAUUGAAGACUCCCCCCACCCUUCUCUCUCUCUCUUCCCAUCUUAUAUUAUUAUAAUUUGAAGUUGUAAUCGAUUAUGACAUAUAUAUAUGUCUAUAUCUACCUCUCAUCUUGAGUGAAAGGAAUAUAUAGUAGAAAAAGCAUAGUAAAGAAUGAAAUAUACCCCACAGCAACAACAACCCUCUGCCUAAUCUGCCUCUUACCCUCUCCCUCUCCCUAAAUCCUCAUAGAAAAUUAAAGUUUUCCACAUAUUCAGAUUUCUAAUUCAUUUCUGAUAUAUAUUUUUUCAUGUUUCUCUAAGAAGCUCAAGUUGAAAUGAUAUAUAGUGAUGAUGGAAUCAUGGCUGAAAAACGGUUCAUAAGAGGUGAUGGAAAUAUGCUGUAGCUUCAGAAGAUCUCACCAGAACCAGAAGAAACAACAACCAAGAUGAAAUAUAUGAAACUCGGAACAAAACCAGAUACUUUCUACACUGAAGAGGCCACAAGGUCAAUAUUGACAGAUGUGCCAACUGAUCUUAUCAUACAAAUUAACAAUACAAGGUAUCUUCUACAUAAGUUUCCGCUUCUUCUGAAAUGUGGCUUACUCCAACGGCUAUGGUCAGAACCAGACAAAGAUGGUCAUCCAGCUCCUAUCUUACUCCUCAAUUUCCCGGGCGGCGAGCCGGCCUUCGAACUCUGUGCUAAGUUCUGUUACAAUAUCUCCAUUAGCCUCAGUGCUCAUAACUUCAUUCAAGCCAUGGCUGCCGCCAUGCAUCUUCGCAUGACUGAAUCAGUUUCCAGAGGAAAUCUAAUUAUCAAACUAGAAGGUUUCUUCAAUUCCUGUAUUCUCUAUGGAUGGAAAGACUCAAUUAUUACUCUCCAGAAUGCUGGUAUUAUGAACUGGUACGAUGAUCAGAGAAUCAUACAAACUUGUCUAGACUCCAUUGUUGAUAAAAUCCUCACAUCUCCAUCACAAGUUACUUGGUCUUAUACUUACACAAGGCCAGGUUUUAGCAGAAAGAAGCAUAAUUCUGCUCCAAAAGAUUGGUGGACUGAAGAUAUAUCUGAUCUGAAUAUUGAUCUAUUCUGCUCAGUCAUUUAUGCUAUCAGAUCAAAAAAACAGCUUCCUUCAGCUCUAAUUGGAGAAGCAAUUCAUGUCUUUGCAUGUAAACAACUCCCAGAUCCAGAUGAAUUUAAUUCAGCUCAAAGUUUGAGUAAAUAUGAACAUGAAACUAUGGCGAAGAAUCAAAGAGUGCUUGAAUCUACUGUUAGUUUGAUUCCAUCUGAGCCUGGUUCUGUCUCAGGGAAAUUCUUUGUAAGAUUGCUCAAAAUUGCUAAUUUAGUUGGUGCUUCUCCUUCUGUUAAGGCUGAGUUAGUGAGAGGAUGUGGUCGUCAACUUGAUGAAAUUGAACCAAAUGAUCUUAUCUUUCAUUCUUUGAAUUUGCCACAUUCAUUUGAUAUUGAUAUUGUGGAAACCAUAUUGGAUAAUUUCUUAAGACAAUUCACUCGUCCGCCAUUAAAUGAAGAAGAAAGUGAGCGCAGGCUUAGUGCAAUGAAAAGGGUGGCACUGAUCUUUGAUUCUUAUCUGGAGAUUAUCGCUCAUGAUUCUGACCUUUCAGCCUCUAAAUUUCUUGAUCUUGCUCUUAUAUUGCCAGAGAUAGCCAGACAGAAACAUGAUGGACUUUAUAGAGCAAUUGAUACUUUCAUCAAGGAACACCCAGAGCUUAGCAAGAGUGAUCGAAAGCAACUGUGCAGAGUAAUUGACUGUGAGAAGCUUUCAGCAGAAGCGAGAUCACACGCAAUAGCAAAUGAAAGGAUGCCAUUGAGAACAAUUGUUCAGCUCUUAUACAUACAGCAAGAUAAAGUUACUGGAACCCCACAUGGACCACUCAAACGCCAUUCUCUUGAUCCUCUGAACAUCCAUAAGCAAGCAACAAAGAUGGAAGCUAGAGAAGAAAUAAGAGCUGAAGAGAGGGUGUUUAAAGUGGAUCCAAAGGUGGCAAAGGUAGCUGAAGCUUCUUCCAAUGUAGUUAAAACAAGUGUAAGAGGUCACACCAGAGAACAGAAGAAAAAGAUGAUAUGAAAAGCAUUAGUACUUGAGUAUAUAUAUAUAUGAUUUUUUUUUACAUGUUCAAGUUCUAUAGUACUUAACAAUCAAAUAUUCUUUUAAAUCAAUAGGUCA